UUAUUUUCUUUCUAUUGCUACUUUCAAACGAUUAUAUUAGAAAAUCGUUGACAAAUGUCACACUAUCUCGACAAUAUUAGUUUUAAAAACCCAUAAAAAUUUACGCCUUUAUUGGGAAACAAACUUUUUUUUGAUUGAUCCAUUGUUUUAAGGCGCACGCGCAAAAAAACAGCUCCGGGCAGCUAGUAGCUAUUUUAUUGGUUCAAAUACUUAGCUUUACCAUCCACGUAAGCAUCAGAAAAAAAAGGAAAGGAAAAGCCUGUUUAUUCACAUUUAAUACUGAAUGUUGAAAAGUGAGGAGUACAAGAAGCUUGUGCGCAUGGUUCACAAUUUCAGUGAUCAUCAAAUAGAAAAAGAAAAGAUAGAGAAUAUGGAAAAUGCUCAAAAACGUCGAAAGUUAAGUACACAUAAUUACAAAUCAGGAUGGCGAGAAGAUCCUACCUUUGAAGUUCAGAAAAGUUUCUUUUCAGAACAAACCAAGAGCAAAAAAAACGGCCUCAGCAACGCAGUGAAAAAGCCACAGCAAAGUGAUAAGAAAGAAAUCAUGCCGAUUCAAAACGUCGUCAGCAAAGAUCUAGAAAAGCCACAGCAAAACGAGAACGAACAAGUUACGUCCAAACAAUUUAACGUGCUUGGUCUGAACAAUGAAAUUGUCACUCGCUUUAACAAUCUUACUGCAUUUAUGAAAAGUCAUCAUGGAAAAAUGAGCUGCUUAUUACGCAUUCUUAAAGAUGUCGAAAAAAAAAUUAGAAAUGAUGAAGCUCUGACCCGAAAAGAUAAAUUGCAAAAGAUGGGAUUUGCUGAAGAUAAAGCUGUUGAAAUCGAUCAAUGGAUCGCAAACAUACCUGUUCCAGGACACAGAAGUUUGCAAGAUUGGGUUGGAAUUUAUGUCGAGAAUGUUUUUAAGUACGACCCAGAGUUCAACAUGAAACUACCAUUGCUCAGUUACCCGUUAUCGCCUAUGAAUCAAUGGUUCGCUUUCAGCCCAUCAAGAUCUGAAGGAAGAGGAAGAAGAUCAUACACGGUGAAAGUUUUCAAUACACAAAGUAAAGAAGAUGCCGAAAAAGCUCUUCAGGAUAAAAAAGAUGAAAUAAAGCAAGGUGAUGCAAACGCACUCAUCUAUUACCAUGGCACACAUCAUGAAGCUGCUAAAAGUAUCAUUGAUGGUGGGAUCAAUCUUGGCGCGAGUAGAGUGGGUUCUGAUUUCUCAAAUGGAGUAGGAUUUUAUCUCGCCGAAGAUUACGACUUUGCCAUAAAUGAGUUUGCUAUGAGAAGUACUCACCCAGCGGUAAUCAUGUUCAUCCUCACAGACCCAGCAAGAUGGGAGUGCUUUGAUCUUUCGACUCAAAGAAGACGCAAUGAUUGGAAAUUGAUAACAGAAUACUAUAGAAAUUUUGAAAAGAAUCCUGUUGUGCCUCCAGAAAACUUGCUGAAUGAAGCAAAUGCAUGUGAUUAUAUCAAAGGUCCAAUGUCGCAAGGUGAUGGCCUCGACCCAAUUGAAGAAGAACAGGUUUGCAUCAGAACGGAAGAAAUGGCUAAUGCAAUUAGUUCCUCCAUCUAUGCAGGAAUUUUUUGGAUAAAUAACAAUCAGUAAUGAAACAGUUUCACUUGACUACACUUUGACACUCCUGAAUUGGAAAAUCUUUUAAGCUAUCAAACUAAGUAAAAUAAUUAGGAAAGCCAUGCAUAAUAAACGCAUAAACACUAACACUUGCACUUUUUACUUCGAUAUCGAUGCAUCAUUCUGCACUUAUCGUACAUUUUAAAACCACUGUAACUAUGUCAUCAAAUGUCAGUAAAACUGGUUUAUUUGUACAUUGAUAUUAUUGAAUUUUUGAUUUAGCAUAACAAAGUAAAUGCAUUUAAUAGAUUUUUAAUAACUUCAUCACAAAAAUAUAGCGUGUAAAUUGAAUUCAUGCACACUGCACAUUAGAAUAAUAAAUACUAAUCAGAGUGUAAAAAAAACAAGCAAAAAGGAAAAAAGAACAAA